UUAUAUCCCAACACGCCAUGCCACCUGCCCCGACUCCCUCCUCCUUCUCUUUCCACGACCAGCUCCUCCCCGGACGCUUGGUGCCCUCCUUCUACCUCCUUCUCCCCGCUUUUCUGGAUCUGUAGGGGGUCCAAUUACGACUUGUCCAACGCUUCUCGCUUUCGAAUUUAGAUCUGCAUAAUGCUCUCCUCGAAGAUCCCCCUCCUGCUUUCGUUAUGCGCGUCCGCCGUACUGGGAGCCUUCGUCCCGCCCGAGAGGCUGAACAUUCCCCUCCUGCUGAGUCCUGGGGGGCGGCCCAUGAUGGGCGUGGGCAUGUCCUCCGGGAACGUCCAGAACUUCAACUUCACGUUCACAACCAGUCUGGGCUACACUGCGGUUGCUAGCAAGCAAUGCACCGAGUGCAGCGAUACGCCUCUAUAUGAUAUCGGCCUGUCGUCCACCGCAAAGUCUCUGAACGGACAGUCCGCCAUGUCUCUCGGUGCUGGUAGCUUCAAUGGUUCGCUUAUGAAGGAGGACUGCACGAUCUACAUUUCGAACGGAUCCACUUGGCCGUACCCCAAUCAAACAGUGGUGCUUAUGGACACGCAGACUCAGGGCUCCCCGUUCGACCAGAGCAUAUCCGGGCUUCUCGGGCUCGGAACCCUGAGGAAGCCGACCACUGCUGCGGGCUUCUCAGCGGGGUUCGACGACGGCCUUUACGGGCAAUAUUACAUCCGCAAUCCCGAAGCUUCGAACUUCACCUUCGGCCUCGACCUCAAGCCCUCUCCGGUCAUCCCGGGCAACGGUUCUUCGCUGAAAAUCAACCCUAGUCAGUCGUCCCUUGCGGAUACCAACGUCGGGACGGUGCACUGGCUCCAGCCCGACCAGUCCGCGUACCAAGCAGACCAGGUGCAGUGGAGUGUUGCGCAGAAUACCGUCACAAGCGGCUACCUUGCGAACAACACGCAGCCGGACCUGACAAUCCAACUCGAUGGCUGGACUUCCAAGAUUGGGAGCAACGCCGUAGGCGUGCAAGAUCCAAUACUCGUGAACGUGGACCCCUUCUACCCGGGCAUCUACAUGCCUAUGCAACAGGCGCGGCUUAUCCAUGACGCCAUUUCCGGCUCGCAGCAGACGCAGCUGUCGACCAUUCCGGGCCAGACGAACUCGUGGACCGUGCCAUGCAACACGCAGAUUUCCUUCACCGUCCUCGUCAACGGACAAGGCUUCACAGUUGACCAGUCCAUCUUGGUCGUUGACCAGGGCGACGGGCAGUGCAUCAGUCUCAUCGAGGGUUUCACCGACUCUUCGGUGACGCAAUACAUCCUCGGGCAGAACUUCAUGCAGCAGAUCUACAUCAUCUUCAACAUUCCGAAGGACGGCCAGUCCAUCGUCGGGUUCGCGCCGCGCGCCGCGUCCACCAAAUCCCGUGACAUCGGCGCGAUCGUCGGCGGGACCGUCGGCGGCGUUGCGGGCGUCGUCGCGCUCGGCCUGCUCGCGUUCUUCCUCAUCCGUCGCCGCCAGGACAACACGUUCUUCGCGCGCGCGGCCGAGCUCGAGGAGGAGCACAAGGUUGCGUCCACCGUCGAGCCGUACACGCUCGGCGCCGAGCCGCACACGCCCUCCUUCCCCGGGUACCUCCCCGGGAGCCCGCCCGCUGGGGCGCACCACCCGCUGCUGGACGCGGCGGGCGUGCAUGAUGCGCAUUCGGGCGCCGCGCCGCCGACGUACGAGGAGGCGAGCGAGAGUGGGCUGGCUUCGCCCCGCGGAUAUCCGAGGGACUCGAAGAUGACGUACCGGAGGGACACGAUGAUGAGCACGAGUGUGGGGAGCCCGCCUGGCAGCCCGAGCCGAACGGGUUUCUCGGGUUCGAGCAACGUUUGAGUGGACAGUGUUGAUAGGACGCUGGACGCUGGAUCUAGGGCUUGAGUGCAUCGGUCACGCUUGUCGAUACUGGAGAUACUGGAACGAUUGGUUUUAGUAUGGAGAGGGGACGUUCGUGUCGGCUCGAGCGUGUGUAUGGUAGGGGGCUCUGCUAACUAUUCUUAACUUGUCAAACUAUGCAUCUCGAAGCACAGUACGAAUAUUCAUGUCCAAAGUC